AUGGCUCACGUCUAUCACAUCUUCCAGAGCUGGCUUUGGUUUCUUCUGAUGAAGGUGUUCGAUUGGCCAAUUUAUAGUCCUGGUCCCCUUUUGAAUCAGACUCCUUUGGGCUUACUGGCGCGUGCCUACCCUGCGUUCCGUCUUCUGGACUGUUUCCGUUAUGGUAUUUCAGCUUCCCUACUUACACAAUCACAGAAACUAGCUUUACAACUGAAAUGUGACUUGGAAAAUGUCACCAACUUGCGCGCUUCCGGUGACGACUUCCGGUGGCAAUGUGCACUAACUGUGGACAGGAGUUUCCUGAUUUUAUCUACAUUUGUCCUGCGGUAUGUUGUUGGGGUUCAUAUUCACUGGCUUUCUUACGUAAAGGAGCGUGUCGCUCUUAAGGACAGUCGUGGCGAUGCAAACCUUAUCAUUCGGUGCAAAUUUUGCAACCGUAUUGGGAACGUUGAUAUAGUAUCUGGGAGCGAUGCGGCCUACAACGCCGAAGACUCCGGUCGGUUCAAAACUAUCUUGGUUUUCGAGUGCCGUGGUGUUGAGUUGAUAGCUUUUUCUCCACGUGCCGGUUGGUCAGCCGACGGCCUAGAUUCCGGUACUUCUUUUGUGGACAUUUCGCUAUCAGAUGAGAUGACCGUUGAUCUGUUCGCCGAAGUUGGCAAUUGGUUUGAGAACGUUUCGUUCCCAGUGAAGGAGAAACGUUUUCAAGCCAAUUUCCAAGCUCUGCGAGCAGAUCAACAUUCAGCUGACCCGCCACCAGCAAAUACACCCGAGGUACCGAUAUUUCGACACAUUGACAAUCAACCCUACCUAUCUAUUUCUCUCGAACAGCGUUAA